UUCCCGAAGUGAGAGGUUGAUGGUGUAUUUUCCGUGAAGGCGGUGCGUCAGUUCCGUGUCUCACUGACUCCUCCGAACUUCCUGGAUCUAUGCUUGGGACCCGCGACGACCCGGCAGUCGGUUUAGGGGAAAAGAAUCCACGGCAGAGAGCGCAGGCACCCUGCUGUGCACAGUUUUGACUUCCCAGGAUCUGUGUCCCUUGGGACUCUGCUUGUCCCCAGAAGUGGGAGGAACAAUGACCACGUUCAAGGAGGCAGUGACUUUCAAGGACGUGGCCGUGGUCUUCACAGAGGAGGAGCUGAGGCUGCUGGACUCCACCCAGAGGGAGCUGUACCAGGACGUGAUGCUGGAGAACUUCCGGAACCUGGUCUCCGUGGGGUGUCACCCCUUCAAACAUGAUAUAUUCCACUUAGAAAAGGCAGAUGGACUUUGGUGGGUAAAGACAGCAGCCCAAAGAGAAAGGAAGUCAGAAGGAAAGAUCCCAAGUGAGAUGGAGGCUGUUCCAGAAGCAGGACCACAUGGAGAGUGUCCCUGCUGGCAGACGUGGCAUCAGAUUGCCAGUGACUUAAGCAGGUGUCAAGACUCCAUGAUAAAAAGUUCUGAGUUCCACAGGCAAGGCGACUCACCUGGCCAGGGUGGGGCAGGACUGGCUUUAACUCACAUAGGCCAGAAACUUUACCCAUGUAAUGAGUGUGAAAAAGCUUUCACCGAUGUCUCCCACUUUGAUCUUCACCAACAAAUGCACUCAGGAGAGAAGUCUCAUACGUGUAGUGUGUGUGGAAAAAGCUUCUGUUACAGCUCAGCACUUCGUAUUCAUCAGAGAGUCCACUUGGGAGAGAAACGCUAUAAAUGUGAUGAGUGUGGGAAGGAAUUCAGUCAGAGCACACAGCUGCAAACUCAUCAGAAAGUCCACACCAUCGAGAAGCCAUUCAAAUGUGAGCAGUGUGGGAAAGGCUUCAGCCGUCGGUCCACACUUACUGUUCACUGUAAAUUACACACGGGAGAGAAGCCUUACAGUUGUGACGAAUGUGGAAGGGCCUUCAUUCAUGCUUCGCACCUGCAGGAACAUCAGAGAAUCCACACUGGGGAGAAACCGUUCAAAUGUGAUAUAUGCAGUAAGAACUUCCGCCGUAGAUCAGCACUUAACAGUCACUGUAUGGUCCACACCGGGGAGAAACCAUACAAAUGUGAGGAGUGCGGGAAGUGUUUCACUUGUAGCUCCAAUCUUCAUAUCCACCAGAGAGUCCACACAGGAGAGAAACCUUAUAAGUGUGAAGAAUGCGGUAAGUGCUUCAUUCAGCCUUCACAAUUUCAGGCCCAUCGGAGAAUCCACACUGGAGAGAAGCCAUAUGUAUGUCAAGUGUGUGGUAAAGGCUUCAUUUACAGUUCAAGUUUUCAAGCCCAUCAGGGAGUCCACACAGGAGAGAAACCAUACAAAUGCGGUGAGUGUGGGAAGAGCUUCAGGAUGAAAAUCCAUUAUCAGGUUCAUCUGGUCGUCCACACAGGGGAGAAACCCUACAAAUGUGAGGUGUGUGGGAAGGGCUUCCGUCAGAGUUCGUAUCUCAAAAUCCAUCAGAAGGCCCACAGCGUAGAGAAACCUUUCAAGUGUGAGGAGUGCGGGCAGGGCUUCAAUCAGAGUUCCCGACUCCAGAUUCACCAGCUGACGCACACCGGUGAGAAACCAUACAAAUGUGAAGAGUGCGGGAAGGGAUUCAGUCGUAGAGCAGAUCUUAAAAUUCACUGCAGAAUCCACACAGGAGAGAAACCGUAUAAUUGUGAGGAGUGUGGGAAGGUUUUCAGUCAGGCCUCUCAUCUCCUGACCCAUCAGCGAGUCCAUAGCGGAGAAAAACCAUUCAAAUGUGAGGAGUGUGGGAAAAGCUUCAGCCGCAGCUCACACCUUCAGGCCCAUCAGAAAGUCCACACUGGAGAAAAGCCGUACAAAUGUGAGGAGUGUGGGAAGGGCUUCAAGUGGAGCUUGAAUCUUGACAUGCACCAGAGGGUCCACACGGGAGAGAAACCCUACAAGUGUGGGGAGUGUGGGAAGCACUUCAGUCAGGCCUCGAGUCUUCAGCUUCACCAGAGCGUCCACACUGGGGAGAAGCCGUACAGAUGUGAUGUGUGUGGGAAGGUCUUCAGUCGGUCUUCACAGCUUCAGUAUCACAGGCGCGUUCACACAGGGGAGAAGCCUUACAAGUGUGAGGCGUGUGGUAAGAGCUUCAGCUGGCGCUCCAAUCUUGUGAAGCAUCAGAGAGUUCACGUGGGAGAAAAACACAGUAAGUGUGAUGCAUGUGGAAAGGAAUUCAGUCAGAGCUCCCAUCUGCAAACUCAUCAGAAAGUCCACACCAUAAAGAAACCAUUCACGUGUGAAGAAUGUGGGAAAGGCUUCAGUCGUAGAUCAGCACUGACUGUUCAUCGCAAAGUCCACACAGGAGAGAAACCUUAUAAUUGUAAGGAGUGUGGGAGGGCCUUCAGUCAGGCCUCUCAUCUUCAGGACCAUCAGAGAGUCCACACUGGGGAGAAACCGUUCAAAUGUGAUGCAUGUGGUAAGAGCUUCAGUCGGAAUUCACAUCUUCAGUCCCACCGGAGAGUCCAUACAGGAGAGAAACCAUACAAAUGUGAGGAAUGUGGGAAGGGUUUCAUUUGUAGCUCAAAUCUGUACAUUCAUCAGAGGGUCCACACAGGAGAAAAGCCCUACAAAUGUGAGAAAUGUGGUAAAGGCUUUAGUCGGCCUUCAAGUCUUCAGGCCCAUCAGGGAAUCCACACUGGAGAGAAAUCAUACGUAUGUAAUGUGUGUGGUAAAGGCUUUACUUUGAGUUCAAACCUUCAGGCGCAUCAAAGAGUCCACACAGGAGAGAAACCAUACAAAUGCGGUGAGUGUGGGAAGAGCUUCAGGAGGAACUCCCAUUAUCAGGUUCAUCUGGUCGUCCACACAGGGGAGAAACCCUACAAAUGUGAGGUGUGUGGGAAGGGCUUCAGUCAGAGUUCGUAUCUUCAGAUCCAUCAGAAGGCCCACAGCGUAGAGAAACCUUUCAAGUGUGAGGAGUGCGGGCAGGGCUUCAAUCAGAGUUCCCGACUCCAGAUUCACCAGCUGACGCACACCGGUGAGAAACCAUACAAAUGUGAAGAGUGCGGGAAGGGAUUCAGUCGUAGAGCAGAUCUUAAAAUUCACUGCAGAAUCCACACAGGAGAGAAACCGUAUAAUUGUGAGGAGUGUGGGAAAGUCUUCAGGCAGGCCUCAAAUCUUCUUGCCCAUCAGCGAGUCCAUAGCGGAGAAAAACCAUUCAAAUGUGAGGAGUGUGGGAAAAGCUUCGGUCGGAGUUCACACCUUCAGGCCCAUCAGAAAGUCCACACUGGAGAAAAGCCGUACAAAUGUGAGGAGUGUGGGAAGGGCUUCAAGUGGAGCUUGAAUCUUGACAUGCACCAGAGGGUCCACACGGGAGAGAAACCCUACAAGUGUGGGGAGUGUGGGAAGCACUUCAGUCAGGCCUCGAGUCUUCAGCUUCACCAGAGCGUCCACACUGGGGAGAAGCCAUACAGAUGUGACGUGUGUGGGAAGGUCUUCAGUCGGUCUUCACAACUACAGUCUCAUCAGAGAGUUCACACAGGGGAGAAGCCUUACAAGUGUGAGAUAUGUGGUAAGAGCUUCAGUUGGCGAUCAAAUCUAACAAUUCAUCACAGAAUCCAUGCGGGUGAUAAAUCCUACAAAAGUGAUAGGGGUGAUAAGACCAUCAGAGAGUCCACUCAGGAAAAAAGUUCUAUAAAGUGAUUAAAAAAAUA